AUGCAGAGAGCCAGCGUGAUGGGGAUGCCCAGUCCGGAACCCAGUGGAUCAUAUUCCCAGCAAUUCAAAGCCAUGAGGUUCUCCUAUCACAUCGAAGGGGGAGCGACUACUUCGCCCCAAAUCCGAGCUGGUCCCAUUCAGCCCCACCGACUCCUGGUCAAAAGCCUCUCUUCAGAACCCAGCCCUGAACAUCGCUCACCAGAAGCCCCCCAACGACUCAUCUCAGAUCCAGGACCUGACCACAACGAAGAAGAAAUUGCCAAACUCCGACCACUCAAGCGUCCCCCAGGACCAAAGCCACAAGUUCCUCCCAAGCCAGCUUAUCUGCAGAAUAGCCAGCCCCCACGGUUUCCUGAAUCGAUCCCCCCACCGCCAUCACGACCCCUCCCAGCCGACCCCCGCCUGGGCCGCAGCCCUCUGCCAAAAGAUGGAGUGGGCUACUCAUCUGCCGUCUCCUGCCUCAUUGAGAAGUUUGAAAGGGAACCUAUAAUCCUGACAUCUGAACAGACUCCCUCGCCGUGUCCCAGCCCAGACCUCCAAGCCCUAGAGAUAAAUUCUAUGGAACCCUCGCUAGAUCGUCCAGCUUCAUUGGAAUCGGCAGAACUGUCUCACAAGCUCCUGGACCUCCUGGCACUGGAAGGAGGGCAAGCGGCUGCAGGAAAUGCUGUCUGCUUGCCACCUCACGAUGGUGGGAAACUGGCAAACCGGGACAGCGGCAUUGACAGCAUCAGUUCACCAUCUAACAGUGAGGAGAUUUGCUUUGGGCCUGAGGAAGGUACAGGGGAGGGUGCCGGACCACUGGCACCUCCAAGCAUCAUCAAACGCAGCUCAACUCGUGAUUCUGAGGGGGACAGUGACAUGGAUGAUGGCAGUGGGGAUGAGGCUGAGCUGCUCUCUGACCUUCCACCUCCACAGACAGAGAAGCUGGAUUCUGAUGAGAUGACGGUUCCACAAAAAGUCUUCCGAAUUGCCAACGAACUUCUCCGAACAGAAAAGGCAUAUGUAUCUCGCCUGUAUCUAUUGGACCAGGUCUUCUGUGCCCGUCUGAUGGAGGAAGCACGCUGCCGAAACUCUUUCCCAGCUGAUGUGGUGAUGGGCAUUUUUUCCAACAUCUGUUCCAUCUACUGUUUCCACCAGCAGUUCCUGCUCCCAGAAUUAGAGAAACGGAUGGAAGAAUGGGACCAACACCCACGAAUUGGGGAUAUCUUGCAAAAGCUGGCUCCCUUUCUCAAGAUGUAUGGCGAGUAUGUGAAGAAUUUCGACCGUGCCAUGGAACUGGUAAACACCUGGAUGGAGCGCUCAACACAGUUCAAGGGCAUUAUCCAUGAAAUACAGCGGGAAGAGCUAUGUGGGAACCUGACCCUGCAGCAUCACAUGCUGGAACCGGUCCAGAGAAUCCCUCGCUACGAGCUGCUUCUGAAGGACUAUCUCCUGAAACUGCCCCAGGACUCGCCUGACUGCAAGGAUGCCCAAAAAUCCCUGGAACUUAUUGCAACUGCUGCAGAACAUUCAAAUGCCGCCAUCCGCAAAAUGGAAAGAAUGCACUCACUGUUGAAAGUGUACGAGCUGCUUGGAGGUGAGGAAGACAUAGUCAAUCCCACCAAUGAACUCAUCAAGGAAGGGCACAUCCUGAAGCUUUCUGCUAAGAAUGGUACCACCCAAGACCGCUACCUGAUCUUGUUCAACGACCGAUUGCUUUACUGUGUGCCAAAACUGCGUCUCAUAGGCCAGAAAUUUGGAGUCCGUGCUCGCAUAGAUGUGGAAGGAAUGGAGUUAAAAGAGACCAGCAGCCUCAAUGUGCCUCGGACCUUCCUUGUAUCAGGGAAGCAGCGAUCCUUAGAGCUUCAGGCCAGGACUGAAGAAGAGAAAAGAGACUGGAUCCAGGCAAUACAGGCUACAAUUCAGAAACACGAACAGACGCUGGAAAUGUUCAAGCAGCUUGCCAGUGAAGAUGAAACGCCGCCUAAUUCACCAGGCUGUGAGUUGGGCCGAAGAGCACCCACGCCAAUCCGGGAAAAAGAGGUGACUUUGUGUAUGCAAUGCAAAGAGCCCUUCAACGCUCUCACCAAACGGAGGCAUCAUUGCCGAGCCUGUGGCCAUGUUGUCUGUGGAAAAUGCUCAGAGUUCCGGGCCCGCUUGGUGUAUGACAACAACCGGCCAAACCGUGUCUGCACUGACUGUUACUCCACGCUUCAUGGCUCCCCUGGCAGCCCUGUGCCCCAUCCCAACACCCCCCAACGCCGAAAAUCCAUUCUGGAGAAACAAGCCUCGGUGGUGGCAGAGAAUAGUGUGAUCUGCAGUUUCUUGCACUACAUGGAGAAAGGAGGGAAGGCUUGGCACAAAGGCUGGUUUGUCAUCCCUGAAAAUGAACCUCUGGUGUUAUACAUCUAUGGAGCUCCACAGGAUGUAAAAGCCCUGCGCUCGAUGCCUCUGAUUGGAUUUGAAGUCAGCCUUCCUGAGCCCAGCGAACGGGUGGACCGACGCCAUGCCUUCCGGAUCAGCCAGAGCCAUCUGUGUUGGUAUUUCAGCCCCGAGACUGAGGAGCUGCGGCAGCGAUGGAUGGAAGUGUUGAGCAGGGCAGGCCGCGGAGAAGAAGCGAAGACUCCACCUUCAAUUCUGGAGGCCGAUGAGGAUACAGAAGCAGAGAGAACCUAGGCAUGGGCCUGAGGAACUGGGAGAAAUGGACUCUGCCCACAUGGGGACCUUACUCACUAUUCUCUGACCAGUAUACUUGAAACUAUUU